GUGCUCUGUACUCCAGGAAGUUCACCAUCGAUGGGGAGCAGAUCUCUCUGCAGGUGCAGGACACUCCCUUUGUCUCACUGGAGGACGACACCGACAGCAUCUGCUGCCAGGAGCAGAUAAACCGCUCCAUCUACUGGGCCGACGGCUUCGUCUUCGUCUACUCCAUCACGGACUACGAGAGCUACCGCGUGCUGCGCCCGCUGCACCAGCACAUCCGCCGGAUCCACCCGCACGCCAACAUCCCCCUGCUGCUCGUGGCCAACAAGGGCGACCUGCUGCGAGCCAGGCAGGUGUCCUCCACCGAGGGGCUGCAGCUGGCCGGGGAGCUGGGGGGCUCCUACCACGAGGUGUCGGCGCGGGAGAGCUGCGAGGCCGUGCACGAGGCCUUCCGGCAGCUGUGCCAGGAGCUCAGCAGGAUCAUCGGCAGCUGCAACGGAGAGAAGCGCCGCGGCCUCCACCUCGUCCGGCCCAAGUCGCCCAACAUGCAGGACCUGAAGAGGCGCUUGAAGCAGGCCCUGAGCUCCAAGGGGAAGUCUGCCACCGCCCUCUGAGGGGCCGUGGUUUCCACAGAAAGGCAGCGAGCUGGAACAGUUCGGGUUGUGGGAGAGGCUCUUCCGCCUGGUCUUCACAUCUUCACCAAAAAACCUGGGCUCGUUCUGCAAAGGAACCUGCAGAACUCACUGGGUCUGCAA